AUGCAUGUGUGUUACACUUAGGGAGGUUCAAACAGAAGAAACAUAACGCGAAAUAGAAAUGUGGAAGAGAGGUUUAUUCACCGCCGUCGGCGCACUCCGCCACCGCACAACUCCGUCAGGAGUUCGCGGCGCCGCCACUAUGUCAUCCGCCGUAGACACCAUGGUUCUCCGUUCCCUCAAAGAACACUACAUGGAAGUCGCCAAAAUGAACAUGCCACCUAAAGUGAGUCCUCCAUCAAACUUCACAAUCGUGAAAGGAGCGCUUGAUUCCGAAGGUCCUGUUCUGAAGCGAAACUACGGCGAAGAAGAAAUCAGCAUCUACGUGAUGCGAUUGAACAAUAUCGGUGAAGAACAAGACGGUGCUAUUGAUCAAUUGUUCAUUCAUGUUGAUGUAUCUAAACCUGAACAGAAGGAAUCGUUGAAUUUUCUUUGUGGUUUGUAUGAAGAUGCUCUUGGGAUUCACUCUGUUUCUAUGAGACCUAAGCUUCUUGAUUCUAGUGGAUACAUUCUGACUCCUACACAUUAUACCGGUCCUGUUUUUGCGGAACUAGAUGAAAAGAUGAGAGAUGCAUUUCACAGUUACAUAGAGGAACGAGGUGUAAAUGAUAGCCUCUUCAAAUUUCUUCAAGCAUGGCUAUAUGUGAAGGAACAUCGAAAUUUAAUGCGUUGGUUCAAAACGAUGGGCUUGUUCAUUGAUGGAAAGAAGCAAGCCGUAGAUGCAUAAUUUUCUCAUCUUGCAGAGGGCAUGUAUUUUUCCUAUGAGAUCCAACAGUCAGCAAUUAAUUUAUUCAAAACUCUUAGAAUUCUGACUACUUUUAAAGGAAUGAGCAAGAAGAGCAAUUUUCAUUUUUCAUCUACUAGAGGAUGGGCAUAAUAUUAUAGUAAAUCCGUUUUAUUUUUCUUUAUCCUUACUAUUACAUAGGGGAAAAGAAAAGUUGCAUUCAAAUGUGUGUAAACAACAACUUUAAAAGGUGGACAUCCAAUUAUUUCCAUACCAACUUUUUCUA